CAAGAUAAUAGACUUGUGAUACUGAUCUUUCUUUCUGUGUGUAGACCCAAGCAAACAUAUGUGGCGGAGUGGAUCACGUCUUCUCACCAAUUUUUAACCAUUUUCAUCCUCUGCAAUUUGCACACUCUCAGAUUCCAUAUCUUUGGAAUCACCACCACCAUAAGUCCACACAUACCUCACCAUUCCUAUCUGCAACAAAUCCUCACCAUAAUAAUGCCCGAAGCAGAAGAAGAUAACCGCUCAAACAACAACCACAACAUUUUUAACAAACCACCGUCGCCGCUGACGGAGGACCUGCCGGUCAUGAUGACCAUGGAUCUCGACGGUUCCUGGACGUUCGAUCAGAUCUUCUCGUCGGAUCCUUCGCCCUCGUUUAUUUUAUCCGCCACGGAGCAGUCGUUCUCGCCGCUUUGGGCGUUUUCUGAUGAGAAUAAUAACAAUAAUAAUGAGAUUAACGACGGAAGUGCGACGUUGACCUCUGCCGUAGCGGCUCACCGGAUUGUUUCAGAUAACGGUGAACAAGUGACGAGAAAGGUGACAAACAAUGAUAUGAAAAGGCAGCUACCGAUGCCGGUUUUGGAGGUAAGUCCAGAAUAUCAAGAUGCAACGUGUGUGAUCAAGGAAAGAAUGACAAUGGCGCUACGUUACUUUAUAGAAUUGGGUGAAAAGCAUGUUUUAGCUCAAGUUUGGGCGCCUGUGAAAAACAAGGGUCGAUACGUGCUCACAACAUCUGGUCAACCGUUUGUUCUUGACCCGAACUGCACUGGGCUUCAUCAGUACAGAAUGGCUUCUUUGAUGUAUUCGUUUUCUGUUGACGGUGAGACUGAUGGAGUUCUUGGGCUUCCAGCUCGGGUUUUCAGACAGAAGCUUCCUGAAUGGACUCCGAAUGUGCAAUAUUAUUCUGAUAAAGAGUACCAACGGCUUAAUCAUGCUUUGAGUUAUGAUGUUCGUGGAACACUCGCUUUGCCUGUGUUUGAACCUUCUGGUCAAUCGUGUGUUGGUGUGCUUGAGUUGAUUUUGACUUCACAGAAAAUAAAUUACGCUCCUGAGGUUGAUAAAGUCUGCAAGGCACUUGAGGCGGUAAAUUUGAAAAGUUCAAACAUAUUGGAUUCUCCGAAUACGCAGGCAAGCAUGUUUUUUGUAACUCAGAUAUGUAACGAAAGUCGACAACAAGCCCUAGCUGAAAUCCUGGAGGUAUUAGCAGCGGUCUGCGAGACUCAUAAUUUCCCGUUGGCUCAAACAUGGGUCCCAUGCAGGCACCGAAGUGUCUUAGCCUAUGGUGGUGGGUUCAAGAAAAGCUGCAGCAGUUUCGAUGGAAGUUGUAUGGGUCAAGUAUGUAUGUCAACAACCGAUGUGGCUUUUUAUGUCGUUGAUGCUCAUAUGUGGGGAUUCCGUGAGGCUUGUGCUGAACAUCACCUACAAAAAGGCCAAGGUGUAGCUGGACGGGCCUUUGCGACCCGUAGUUCAUGUUUUUGUGAAAAUAUUACGCAUUUUGGUAAAACGGAAUACCCGUUGGUCCAUUAUGCGCGUUUGUUUGGGUUAGUUGGAUCUUUUGCUAUUUGUUUGAGGAGUACUCAUACAGGUGAUGACGAUUAUAUUUUGGAGUUUUUUCUUCCUCCUAAUAUGGUUGACUGUAAAGAUCAACAAACAAUGUUGAGCUCAUUGUUGACUUCAAUGAAGCAGCAUUUUCGCAGUCUGAAAGUUGCUUCGGGUGAAGAAAUAGGAGAAGAUGGUAGAUUUGUUGAAAUUAUUAAAGCGUCUGUGAAUGGUGAUAUUAUUGAUUCAGGAAUUCAGUCCAUUCGCCUAUCAGAAUCUGCUAUAUCAAACGGUGGGCCGUUUAUUGCUGGACCAAAUGCGAUAAAUGGAAAUAAUGGGAAAUUAGAGACGGUGGAAAAAACUAAAAAAUCAGAAAGAAAACGAGGGAAGGCUGAGAAAUCGAUUAGUUUGGAGGUUCUUCAACAACAUUUUGCAGGAAGUCUUAAAGAUGCUGCAAAGAAUCUUGGUGUUUGCCCAACUACAAUGAAACGGAUAUGCAGACAACAUGGAAUUUCAAGGUGGCCUUCUCGUAAGAUAAACAAGGUUAACCGCUCGCUCACGAAAUUAAAACGAGUGAUUGAAUCGGUACAAGGUGGUGAAGGAACGUUCACUAUUCCUUCUUUAGCAACCACCCAACUCCCUCUCGGUGUCGAGUCCCCAUCUUGGCCAACGGGUCCAAACGGUUCACCAACUAACCAACACAGUUCACCUAGGUCCAAACCGUUUGACCCUCCAUGCCCAAAGACCGAUCAAGGUUCACCGUCUAACCAACACGGCAGCCGAGAAGCCAGUACCGGUAGCCCAAAUUCUCACAGGUCUUGCCAAGAAAUAUGUCGGAGUAACAGAAAGUCAAGCGUUCGAAGUCAAAGCACCGAAUGUACCUGCUGAGUUCACCGUAUCCAACGCUCUUCAAGCCGCACAAACAGAAGAACCCUUUAGAGGAAUAAUGUUAAUCGAGGAUGCUGGAAGCUCACACGAUCUAACAAAUCUUUGUCCGGGCACCGAGCCUGUUGAAAAGGUACAAGAACUUAGUCCAAAGGUACAACCUUUCACAGCCAGGACUGAAAUGAAAACAAUAACGAUAAAGGCAAGUUACAGAGAAGAUAUAAUCAGGUUUCGUGUGGCGACAAACUCAGGUAUUGUCACAUUGAAAGAAGAAGUUGCAAAAAGGCUGAAGUUAGAUGUGGGUACAUUUGAUAUAAAGUAUCUUGAUGAUGAUCAUGAAUGGGUUCUAAUAGUCUGUGACGCAGAUUUACAAGAAUGUAUCGAGCUGUCGAUGUCAUCGGGGUGUAACAUAAUAAGGCUUUUAGUUCAUGAUUUGUCGACUAAUCUCGGGAGCUCGUGUGAGAGUUCAGAUUAAAUAUUAGGGUUAGGGUUUUGAGUAAGUUGUAGAUUAUGGGGUCAUAGGAAGAUGGCCAAGUAUUAGGGAGGAACAUUCCUCUAUUCUUUGUUGUAUAAGAUAUAACCGAAUGUUGAAAAGUGUAAUUGUACAUUGUUUGUUUUUGUUUUGCUUUUCAUAUUCUUUGGUCACCAUGGUGAGGUUCUAUGUAGAUUUAUGUUUUGUUA